AUGUUGACCAGACUAGCUUCGAGAAGAGUGAUAUCUUCGCUUCAGCACCAAUAUCAGCACCAGCACCAGGCCGCUGCCGCGAGGAUAUGUGCUCGGCUGCUAAUCAGGCACUACUCCGCUUCGACACCAAUCAAAAAGCCCAGUGUGCUCAAGAAGCUCUUCAAAUACACGGUGGGUACCGGUUUUUUGGCAGUCACGGGUUUUGUAGGGUGGGUCUACUACAAAAUCUACCAAGAAUCGCAUCCAAUUGAACAAGAACCUCAACUGCCAGUUUUCCCCACUGGAGAAAAGAAAAAGACAUUGGUGAUUUUGGGCUCCGGAUGGGGCGCCAUCCCGCUUUUGAAAAGCAUCGAUACGACGUUAUACAACGUCAUCUUGAUCUCGCCACGAAACUAUUUUCUUUUCACUCCGUUGUUGCCUUCGGUGCCCACCGGUACCGUCGAUAUGAAGUCGAUUAUCGAGCCCGUGAGAUCAAUCACGAGGAGAUGCAAGGGAGAAGUGCAGUAUUUGGAGGCUGAGGCAGUCGAUAUCGACCCUGAGAACAAUACGUUGAAAGUGCAACAGUCCACCACGGUUUACUCGGGCCACUCCAACGAAGAUUCGUCGGCGUCGCACUUGACCAAGUCGCAUGAACAUGGCUUGGAUUUGAUCACCGCGAAAGUGAAAUACGACUAUUUGGUAGUUGCUAUCGGGGCCCAGCCUUCCACGUUUGGCUUGCCUGGCGUUGCUGAGCACUCGACGUUUGUUAAAGAGGUUAGCGACUCGGCCAGAAUCAAGAAAAGCAUUGUUGAUUUGACUGAAGCUGCCAACAUGUUGCCCGAGAAUGACAAGGAGCGCAAGAGAUUAUUGCAUAUUAUCGUGUGUGGAGGAGGACCCACAGGAGUUGAAGCCGCGGGCGAGAUCCAAGAUUACAUCGACCAGGACUUGAAGAAAUGGAUGCCGGAAGUCGCCCAUGAUCUCCGCGUCACCUUGGUUGAGUCCCAGCCCAAGGUGUUGCACACCUUCAGCCCCAAAUUGGUUGAGUACACCAACCAAAUCUUCAAGGACACCAACAUCAACUUGAUGACCAACACGAGAAUCACUGCCGUCGACGACAGCUACGUUACCGCAUGGCACAAGGACUCGAACAAGACCGAGGUCAUCCCUUACGGCAUGUUGAUCUGGGCCACGGGUAACGCCACCAGGAGCUUCACCAAGAUCGUAAUGAGCAAAAUCGACGCGCAAAAGAACGCCAAGCGCGGUUUUUUGGUGGACGAGCAUCUCAGACUUAAGGGGUCUGAAAACAUUUACGCCUUGGGAGACUGCACUUUUACAAAGUACCCACCCACGGCGCAAGUUGCGUUCCAACAAGGGGAAUAUUUAGCCAACUAUUUUGAAAAAUUGCAAAAAUUGGCGAGCUUGAAGUACAAGAUUGAACACGAGUCUCACCCGACAGAAAUGUUGCAGCAUCGAGCUGAGAAGUUGGAGACCAAGUUGCCCAAGUUCACUUACAACUAUAUGGGAUCGCUUGCUUAUAUCGGGAGUGAGAAGGCCGUGGCUGAUUUGGCGUGGGGGUCGUGGUCCAAUGUGUCCGCGGGCGGCAAUUUGACUUUCUUGUUCUGGAGAUCGGCGUAUAUCUACAUGUGUCUUUCCGUGAAGAACCAGGUUAUGGUGUGCAUGGAUUGGGUCAAGGUGUAUUUAUUUGGUAGAGACUGCUCCAGGGAAUGA